CCCAGCAGGUGACCCGCUGGCUCGGCCCGGGUCGGAGGGAGGCUAGGUGCCGGCGCUAGCUGCGCGGAGCCCAGACAGCCCAAAUAGUCUGAGGGAAGUUUGCCGGAACAUGGCGGAAGAGCCCGGGGCGCCCUGCAAAGCGACGAGGCUACGGACGACGUCUGAGGAGCUGUAGCCGCCGCCGCAGCCGCCGUCGCCGCCGCCGCGGGGCGAGGUCGCCGCCAUGGCCCGCUGGAUCCCGACCAAGAGGCAGAAGUACGGGGUUGCAAUCUAUAACUAUAAUGCCUCUCAAGAUGUGGAACUCUCCUUGCAGAUUGGUGACACAGUCCACAUCCUGGAAAUGUAUGAGGGUUGGUACAGAGGAUAUACCCUUCAAAAUAAAUCGAAAAAGGGUAUCUUCCCUGAAACAUAUAUCCAUUUGAAAGAAGCAACUGUGGAAGAUAGAGGGCAGAACGAGACCGUGAUUCCUGGCGAGCUGCCACUGGUGCAGGAGCUUACGUCCACUCUGCGAGAAUGGGCCGUCAUCUGGCGCAAGCUCUACGUGGACAACAAGAUCACACUAUUCCGCCAGCUGCAGCAGAUGACGUACAGCCUGAUUGAGUGGCGGUCCCAGAUACUGUCCGGGACGCUCCCCAAGGAUGAACUGGCAGAGCUCAAGAAGAAGGUCACAGCUAAAAUUGAUCAUGGAAACAGGAUGCUGGGGUUAGAUCUGGUGGUGCGAGAUGACAAUGGGAACAUCUUGGAUCCAGAUGAAACCAGCACCAUUGCUCUCUUCAGGGCCCAUGAAGUGGCCUCAAAAAGGAUUGAGGAAAAGAUCCAAGAAGAAAAGUCCAUUCUACAGAACCUGGACUUACGGGGUCAGGUCAUCUUCACUACCGUGCACACCUAUGGCCUCUACGUGAACUUCAAGAACUUUGUCUGCAACAUUGGGGAAGACGCAGAGUUGUUCAUGGCUCUCUAUGACCCAGACCAGUCCACUUUCAUCAGUGAGAACUAUCUUAUUCGUUGGGGCAGUAAUGGGAUGCCCAAGGAAAUAGAGAAGCUUAACAACCUUCAAGCAGUGUUUACUGACCUCAGCAGCACGGACCUCAUCCGGCCCCGCAUUAGUCUUGUGUGCCAGAUCGUCCGGGUAGGCCACAUGGAGCUGAAGGAGGGCAAGAAACACACCUGUGGGCUGCGAAGGCCUUUCGGAGUGGCAGUGAUGGACAUUACUGAUAUCAUACAUGGGAAGGUGGAUGAUGAGGAAAAGCAGCAUUUUAUUCCCUUUCAGCAAAUUGCUAUGGAAACCUACAUCCGGCAGAGGCAGCUCAUCAUGUCACCCUUGAUAACGUCACAUGUGAUUGGAGAGAAUGAGCCACUCACGUCAGUCUUGAAUAAGGUGAUAGCAGCGAAGGAGGUGAAUCACAAAGGACAAGGACUUUGGGUUUCCUUGAAGUUACUGCCAGGUGAUCUCUCACAAAUUCAGAAGAAUUUUUCCCAUUUGAUUGAUAGAUCAACAGCAAUAGCUCGAAAAAUGGGCUUCCCUGAAAUUAUACUGCCAGGAGAUGUUCGGAAUGACAUUUACAUCACCUUGAUCCACGGGGAGUUUGACAAAGGGAAGAAGAAGACACCCAAGAAUGUAGAGGUGACCAUGUCUGUGUUCGAUGAGGAAGGCAACCUCUUAGAGAAAGCAGUCCAUCCAGGAGCUGGCUAUGAAGGUGUUUCAGAAUACAAAUCGGUGGUGUAUUACCAAGUGAAGCAGCCCUGUUGGUAUGAGACUGUCAAGGUGUCCAUUGCAAUAGAAGAGGUCACACGCUGUCAUAUAAGAUUUACUUUCCGACAUAGGUCAUCUCAGGAAUCCAGAGAUAAGUCGGAGCGCCCCUUUGGAGUGGCCUUUGUGAAGCUGAUGAACCCGGAUGGUACCACUCUGCAGGACGGGAGGCAUGAUCUGGUGGUUUAUAAGGGUGACAAUAAGAAGAUGGAAGAUGCUAAAUUCUAUUUGACCUUGCCUGGAACCAAGGUGGAAAUGGAAGAAAAAGAGCUUCAAGCAUCCAAAAACCAGGUCACUUUUACCCCAAGCAAGGAUAGCACAAAAGACAGCUUUCAGAUUGCCACCCUCAUUUGUUCCACAAAGCUCACCCAGAAUGUUGACCUGUUAGGCUUGUUAAAUUGGCGCUCCAACUCGCAGAACAUUAAACACAACCUAAGGAAGUUAAUGGAGGUGGAUGGAGGAGAGAUUGUGAAGUUUUUGCAAGAUACGCUAGAUGCACUUUUUAACAUAAUGAUGGAAAUGUCAGACAAUGAAACGUACGACUUCCUUGUAUUUGAUGCACUGGUGUUUAUAAUUUCACUGAUCGGAGAUAUCAAGUUCCAGCAUUUUAACCCUGUACUUGAAACCUACAUUUACAAGCACUUCAGUGCCACGUUGGCCUACGUGAAACUCUCCAAGGUACUGAACUUUUAUGUGGCUAAUGCAGAAGACUCCAGCAAGACGGAGUUACUUUUUGCUGCUUUGAAAGCCUUGAAGUACUUGUUCAGAUUCAUCAUCCAAUCACGAGUGCUCUACUUGAGAUUCUAUGGCCAGAGUGAAGAUGGAGAUGAGUUUAAUAACUCAAUCCGCCAGUUAUUCCUCUCCUUCAAUAUGCUAAUGGACAGGCCUCUGGAGGAAGCUGUCAAGAUCAAGGGAGCAGCUUUGAAGUACCUUCCUAGCAUAAUUAAUGAUGUCAAACUGGUGUUUGAUCCCACAGAGCUCAGUGUGCUCUUCUGCAAGUUCAUUCAGAGCAUUCCCGACAACCAGUUAGUUCGGCAGAAGCUGAACUGCAUGUCCAAGAUUGUUGAGAGCAGUCUUUUUCAGCAGUCAGAGUGCAGAGAUGUACUGCUGCCACUGCUGACAGACCAGCUCAGCGGCCAGUUAGACGACAACUCCAGCAAGCCUGACUAUGAGGCCAGCUCGCAGCUCCUGAGCAACAUCCUAGAGGUGCUGGACAGGAAGGAUGUGGGUCCCACAGCCUCACACAUAACGAUGAUAAUGGUGCGCCUGCUGCGCAGGAUCAACCGGACAGUGAUUGGGAUGAACCGGCAGUCUCCGCACAUUGGAAGUUUUGUGGCUUGCAUGAUUGCCAUCCUGCGGCAGAUGGAAGACAGUCACUACAACCACUACAUCAGCACCUUCAAAACCAGGCAAGACAUCAUUGACUUCCUCAUGGAAACUUUUAUCAUGUUUAAGGAUCUGAUUGGAAAGAAUGUCUAUGCCAAAGAUUGGAUGGUGAUGAAUAUGACCCAGAGCAGGGUUUUUCUCCGUGCCAUCAAUCAGUUUGCCGAGGUUCUCACGAGAUCUUUCAUGGAUCAGGCAGGCUUUGAACUUCAGCUCUGGAACAAUUACUUCCAUUUGGCGGUAGCAUUUCUCACCCAUGAGUCCCUUCAACUUGAAACCUUCUCACAAGCCAAACGCAGCAAAAUUGUAAAAAAAUAUGGGGACAUGAGAAAGGAAAUCGGCUUUAGAAUCCGGGACAUGUGGUAUAAUCUGGGUCCCCAUAAAAUCAAAUUUAUUCCAUCUAUGGUGGGUCCUAUCCUGGAGGUCACUCUGACCCCUGAAGUAGAGCUCCGGAAAGCCACAAUCCCCAUUUUCUUUGAUAUGAUGCAGUGUGAGUUCAAUUUCAGUGGAAAUGGCGAUUUUCAUAUGUUUGAAAAUGAGUUGAUCACAAAGCUGGACCAAGAGGUAGAAGGAGGCAGAGGAGAUGAACAGUACAAGGUUCUUCUGGAAAAACUGCUGUUAGAACAUUGCCGGAAGCAUAAGUAUCUCUCCAGCUCUGGGGAAGUCUUCGCGCUUCUGGUCAGCAGCCUUUUGGAGAAUCUGUUGGACUACCGAACCAUCAUGCAUGACGAGAGCAAGGAGAACCGCAUGAGCUGUACUGUUAAUGUGCUGAACUUUUAUAAAGAAAAGAAGAGAGAGGACAUCUAUAUAAGGUAUUUGUACAAGCUUCGAGAUUUGCACCGAGACUGUGAGAACUACACAGAAGCUGCCUACACGCUUCUCUUACAUGCUGAGCUUCUGCAGUGGUCUGACAAGCCCUGUGUACCUCAUUUGCUUCAGAGGGACAGCUACUAUGUUUACACCCAGCAAGAGCUUAAAGAGAAGCUGUAUCAGGAGAUCAUAUCCUACUUUGACAAAGGCAAGAUGUGGGAGAAGGCCAUCAAACUGAGCAAAGAGCUGGCCGAGACCUAUGAGAGCAAAGUAUUUGACUACGAGGGCCUUGGCAAUCUCCUGAAAAAAAGAGCAUCAUUUUAUGAGAACAUCAUUAAGGCCAUGAGGCCUCAGCCAGAAUAUUUUGCAGUGGGAUACUACGGACAGGGCUUUCCUUCUUUCCUUCGGAAUAAAAUCUUCAUCUACCGGGGGAAGGAGUAUGAGAGGCGAGAAGACUUCAGCCUGAGGUUGCUGACCCAGUUCCCCAACGCUGAGAAGAUGACCAGUACUACACCCCCUGGGGAGGACAUCAAGUCAUCUCCGAAGCAGUACAUGCAGUGCUUCACCGUGAAGCCAGUGAUGAGCCUGCCUCCCAGUUUCAAGGAUAAGCCAGUUCCAGAGCAGAUCUUAAACUAUUACAGAGCCAACGAAGUCCAGCAGUUCAGAUAUUCCCGGCCGUUCUGGAAAGGAGAAAAGGACCCAGACAACGAAUUUGCUACUAUGUGGAUUGAACGGACCACAUAUACAACUGCAUAUACCUUCCCUGGAAUUCUCAAGUGGUUCGAAGUGAAACAGAUUUCAACAGAAGAAAUCAGCCCACUGGAGAACGCCAUAGAAACCAUGGAGCUGACCAACGAGAGGAUCAGCAACUGUGUUCAGCAGCAUGCGUGGGACCGUUCGCUGUCUGUGCACCCACUCUCUAUGCUGCUUAGUGGCAUCGUGGACCCAGCUGUCAUGGGGGGAUACUCCAACUACGAAAAGGCAUUUUUUACAGAAAAAUAUGCUCAGGAGCAUCCUGAAGACCAAGAGAAGGUUGAGUUGCUGAAGCGCCUAAUAGCGAUACAGAUGCCUUUGCUGACAGAAGGGAUCCGCAUCCAUGGAGAGAAGUUGACGGAGCAACUCAAACCACUGCAUGACCGUUUGUCAUCUUGUUUCCGGGAGCUCAAGGAAAAAGUGGAAAAGCUAUAUGGGGUUAUAACACUGCCACCCAACUUGACCGAACGGAAGCAGAGCCGCACGGGGUCCAUUGUGCUCCCGUACAUCAUGUCCUCCACUCUGCGGAGGCUGUCCGUCACCUCAGUGACUUCUUCUGUGAUUUCAACCUCUUCCAACUCGUCUGAUACUGCUCCUUCCAGACCAGCAUCUGAUGGGUCAGUCCUAGAGCCACUUCUAGAGCGUAGGGCAUCAUCAGGUGCCAGAGUUGAAGAUCUGUCCCUCAGAGAGGACAGUGAGAACCGGAUCAGCAAGUUCAAGAGGAAAGACUGGAGUCUAAGCAAGUCCCAGGUCAUUGCAGAGAAAACUCCAGAACCUGAUCUGCUGAGCCCAACCAGAAAAACACAAAGGCCAAAGAGCCUGCAACUAAUGGACAAUCGGCUAACCCCAUUCCAGGGGUCUUCCCCUCCUCAGUCAACACCCUUGAGCCCACCACCACUCACUCCUAAAGCUGCCAGGACUCAAAGUUCCCCAUCUUUGCAGACAGAUGGACUGAUGACUGUUUCUGUCCCGCCUCCGCCUCCCCCCAAAAGCAAGCCCUAUGACAGCAGCCAGAGGAAUUCUACAGAGGUUGCUCCCCCUCUGCCUGUCCGAAGAGAAGCCAAAGCCCCACCCCCGCCACCCCCCAAAGCUCGGAAGUCUGGGGUCCUUUCCUCGGAGCCUGGACCUCAGUGAGUGUCCAGCCCUCUCUGGGUGCCUUCGUCACCCGCUGCCUGGGAAUCCGCCUCCAGGAAGCACUGUGCUCGUUUCCUGGGGCUCCAUGCAGACUGCCUUUCCUGAUGGUUCAGCGGGCUUUGUUCCUUCACAAGCUUCCCUCUGAUGCAUGCAGGAGGCCAGGCCACAUCCCGUCCAGUACAUUUGGGAUUCCAGAGCUGGCUGUGUCCUGUGUGUUUCAAAGGAGAGUUCUCCUUCCCUGUGGGGCUGAGUCUCAGCCUGUACUGAGGAACCACCAGGUCUGUAGACGCCCAAACCCAUUCUCCCGCAGCAGGGCAGCAGCCCAAGCCCCUACUCUGCAGAGGAAUGUCUUGCUUCGCUUCUGAAGAGCUGUGCUGGAGACGUGGCUAUUUUUUUCUCAUCUGGACAUACCUCUUCCAUCUAGAAUUUUGAAAUAAUUGGAUAUCAAAUAUAUCUUAGUAGCCAAAAUAAUCUUGUCUUUCUAAUGUCUACCAUGUCCCUUGAGAGGAAGAAAACACACAUGUUUAAUGCAGAUUGGCUGUUUUCAGGUGUGAGUGGCCACCCUCCUUGAGAAAACAGACUUACAUGUGAGCCCUGAGCCCUGGGUCUCCCCACCCCUACUUACUGAGGCACAGGGAGGCCUUCCUGCCAACCCACUGCCCCCACUGGAAUGCCACCAUCCUCCCAGCCAAUGGCAUCGCUGCAUGGCCGUCUCUCCUCAGCUCAGAUCCUUGGAAGCUCUUCCUUUUGCACACGUCGUUUUUCUCCUGUUACGUCUCCCAUGCUCUGAUCAUUGGCCAUUGUGGACUAAGGAGCGUGGGUUCAACAGCUUCUCUUCCACACCCCCUCUGGAUGACUCAGUGGCCCAGCCUGCUUCUUGACUUUACCCUUGAGAAUACAGUGCAAUAUUUCUCUUUAUUUAUUCCUCUUGAUGGUAGAGUUAAUUUGAUUCCUUGCAAAUGGUACUAACAUCAGUACUCCUUUCAGAAGAAAAAAAUAGGGUGCUUGAGCCGGCCAACUAUUCCUCACACAGCAAGCCACACGUACUCACAAGUGUCAGGAGCAGGAAAGGCCUUAAAGUUCAUCCAGACAACCCCCUCCUUGUGUAGAUAAUGAAGCUGAAACUUCGCACAGUUGGACUGCAAAUGUUUACUAAUAAUCCAGCUCGCUUUGGGCCACUCCCAGAUCCACAAAACACCUUGGACAGACUCAUCUUUGAAAUAUCCCAGAGAUUUGUGAACUACUGAGGUAUCUAUGGCAAAGUCAGAAGCUUUGGACUGUGACUGCUGCAGGGAAGCUCACCUGUGCCUGCCUCACCGCCUUGCAGAGAGCAGGGAGACGGAGUUCACCUGCGAUUGUGUGCCUUUCACCAUCCCCCUUUCAGGAGGGACCUGCAGGUUCCCCACAGGGAUCGAGGGAGCAGAACCUCUGAGACAUGUGGCGCAUGCUAGUCAAGAAAGCCAACCGCAUAUUCUAAAGGCACUGUGGAGAAGGACGUUCUUCACCUUGCCCUGGGGAAGCUUCAUCAUGGUGUCACAGGAAAGGCCUACGCCUUGGACCUGAACCCCUCUGGUUUCCUAUUCCAGCCACGACACUCUGCAUGCUACCAGAAACUAUUUGAAAUGGAAAGUUUUCAUCUUCUCACCUUCCAGAAGUGGAGAUGAUAACUCCCACACAGAUUGUUCUAAGGUGCAAAUGAGAUGGAAUAUAUGAAGGAGUGGUUGUCCUUUGUUCUCUAUGAGGCUUGAGCAAGAUCUGGAAUUCUGGACCAAUUUUAGUGAUCCUCUUUUCUGUGUUGAUUUGCAAUGUGAAUGCAGGUACAGGUUAAUUCUGCACACAAAAUCUUUUUCUGAAAGACACCAUCUUUUGUAUCAUUAUCUAUAAUAGAGAUGUAGUGUUAAUAAGAACUGAAGAGGGUUUUAAGUGGAAAGAGUUCAGCCCUGCAGGCAGGGCUUUCAAAAGGUGGAGGCAACAGAAUGGUUAUGAGGAGCCUGGGGGAAUUUCUGAGAAUUUAACUGGCCCACUGGCAAGAGAGAUUUGGAUGCCUCACCCUAUCUUUAAGAUGCCAUGAAAAUAGAAAGAGUCAAACUGAGUCAGACACCCCAAACCUCAAGGCUGUCCUUCCAAAAUAGAAGUGACUCUCUGAGCAGAGGCUGGGGCCCUGUGUCUCUCAGGUCACAUGAUCUGUUAGUGGCCGCAUACCUUCUCUUUUUCCUUGGAACAUGUUUUUCCUUCCACCUUACUGAACAUACUGGCCUUCUACUGCCUGUACAUGAAGGAUCUCAUGGAACAUAGUGGAUAACAAAAGUCAUCAGAAAGUCCAUUUCCUUGGGAAGCCAUUGGAUAGGAAAGAGUUACCUGGACAAAAAUUCAUAAUAUCUGGCUUGGAGUCAAAGAGGAAGACUGCAAAGAAAUGCCUGAUGAUUACAUACGUGCAGGGAGGAAAGAGAAAGAACUGAUCUUUAUUUUCAUUGCUGAAAAUCUACAAUAUAGGCAGACAGUGAAAUUAGCCCCAAAGUAGCCACAACCUUUGUAAAGCUUGUGGGUUGGUGUGCUGUGGUUUAAAAUUUUUGUUUUUCACCUGUUGUCUUGCUCUGGGUGUUUUUUGUUUGUUUAAGUUCUUACUGAAUGGCAGACAUGUUGUUAGCCCCUGAGGAUGAGACAGCUUGAUAUGUUCAGUGCCAACACCUCCAAUAUACAAACACUGUUGACUCUGGUAUGCAGUAGGGUUGGAAAGUGAAUGGCAUUCGGUAAUAAAAUCCUAAAUAAGGCUGCUGGGCCUUCAUCUCCUUAGUCCUGCAUUGUAACCAUGGUCUCCUGCCAGGGAAGCUCAUUGAAAACUGCAACCACACUUCAAACCCCCAAAAUAAAACAAUAUAUAUACCAGGAUUUCCAAUAACCCUCUGCUUGUUAACUCUUCCCCAGCUGGAAGAGUUCAUUCCCUCUAGCACUCCCAGUUCAUGGGGCUGAUGUCUCACCUGAAACACAAGAUGAAACUGACAUAGAUGCCAUAAAUCUUAGGUGUGCAGAUGGGUGAAUUUUCACAUAGCUUUAUACCUAUGCCACUAUCUCAGAUACCAAAAUGGGCUGUUUCCAGAUCCCCCAAGAAGGGUGUUUGCAAGGCUGUUACGGUUUGUGCCUACUUUACUCACACUUCUCAGGUAUCAUGAAAGAGGAAAAAAGCCUCAUCAUGAGCUAAGACUAUAAAUAUGUAUCCUUUUUAGCAAGUCAAUUUACAGUCACUCCACUCUGUUCCCUCUCCUGUUAAAAUAUAUACAUAUGAGGCCUCAGUCUUUAAAAUCCUUUCAGUCCCAACUUCUUUCAUUUUAAGUGAAAAGUGUUAGAAGGAAACUAAAUUUCCCUAUGAAGGCUUCUAGAUCCAUUUCCCAGACUUCCCAGUUUUGGUGCUUUGAUUUUGGCAUAUCAGGCUAUUAAAGAUCAAAAGAUUUGGGUACAUUCAUGAGUCUGCCUACAAUACCCCAGCACACCCUGAAACUUUAACAUAAAUCAUUAUAAUUCUUCAUAAUUAUGUGUAAGCCAUGUCAUUUUCACAGUAGUCUCUAGACUUAACCUUGUCUACACUAGACUUUAUUUUAAUAAUCAUGAUUUCCUUCCCUGGUAGUAUUUGGGAAAUUGGCAAAUAUCACUUCAUUGGGAACUCAUUCAGCUGUAAGUCACUUCUUGAAAUUAAAUCGGAAAAGGUAAUUUUCUCCUUGGAUAGGUUGAGAAUCGAACCAUCCAUUCUAAUCUUACAAAAGAAAAAAAAAUACGGCUUUAUUCUCCAAUUAAUGAUUCCAGGCAGAUUCUUCAGAUCCAACCUAAGUUUGUCUCUCGUACGCACUACCCAGAUCCACUUUUUGGAGCUUGUGUGUUGUCCAUCUAAAGUUUGUCAGAAGUUCCUUUGUCAUGAUUCUGUGACUAAUACAGUUUCAGAUAUGGGUGAUUAGGACGUGUGCAUUGAAGUAGAAGAAUUUUGUCAGAUUUGCUGUUAUUUAUUUUUUAAAUUAAAAGUGAAAAUGUCUUGAA